AUGGCGAAUGCUGGUAUCUCAAUGUCAUCUCGCCUAGGAGCAACUUGUGCAGGCAUCAUUCUGCCAAUAGUUACAUUAGUCAGUCUAUUACUCAAGAAUCUCUCUCAUUCAGUUGCUGAAGCAGUCGUCUUUAUUGUCAUUGCCUCUUUACUGUGGUUUUUUAGUCUCUUCUCUUAUUUAAGAGUAUUAUUUAGUCAGCCUGGGCAGCCUGUUAAUAAACGGCCUAGCUCUCCCAGGGAAACACCCCCUUUGGAAGACACCAAGACCCCUUUACGACUACCAAUAUACUACUACUCUCCUAGUCUAUAUGAUCCCGAAACGCUACAGGCUAGAAUCUCGGACAACAGAACGCCUACACAAUUUCCUAUCGUCUCUAUAUCAUACGCAGACGGUAAUCAAAGAUACUGCGAUGUAUGUCAUUGUAUUAAACCAGACCGAUCGCACCACUGUAAGGAUUGUAACGCAUGUAUAUUAAAGAUGGAUCAUCAUUGUCCUUGGGUCAGUGGCUGCGUCGGUCUAGGGAAUUACAAGUUCUUUUACCUCUUUGUGGUCUACACAUGUCUCUACUCCCUCUGGGUUGCUGUAACUGCUACGCCACUUGUUGUAGAUGCAGUAAACCACAAGGUAGGCUUAGUCACUCUAGAGAUGUGUUGGAAGGCGUACAAGUGGUAUUUGGUUACACUUGUAACCGUGUUUAUGAAUCUGUGCGAGAAUAUCUGGUACAGAUAUUGGAGAUCUCCAUUCACAGGUGUCGCGAGAUUGGGACUUGGACUUGAUGCCCAAUGGGUUGUUUUAUUGUUUAUUGCAUUUAUGUUUGGUCUUGUUCUUCUCGGUUUCUCAUUUGUUCAUACGACCUACAUAUUGAAUAACAAGACAACUAUAGAGCACCUUUCUAGUCGGAAACAAGAUGUCCGUGUAGAUUUUGAUGGGAGCGGAAUGAACUUUGAAGUUGUGGAUGUUCAUCACAGAGAGCUACUUUAUGAUAUCGGAAAACUUAACAAUUGGAAAAUUGUGAUGGGUAAAUCCCCUUUGGGUUGGCCUGUGCCUCUUUACCGAGGGGCAAGAGAAGGAUAUACCUUUCCAUUUGGUCCAAACGCUUAUAAAAAGGUGGUUGGCUUGGCGGAAACCCAGCGCAAAGCAAGAAUAGCCGCAUUAGAAGCCCCACGUGUGGAACCUUUAAAUAUGGAGACGAUGUCUGGUCCUUCCAAUUAA